GUUAAAGGCCCCCAAAAUAUGCAUAUAUAAAAAGGCCAAAAAGUGACUGUCACUGACAGGGAGUCUAAACUAGAGAAGGAAACGGGGCCAAACUGGCGGACUCGGUGAAAGCGCAGCCGGCAGCGUCCCGGACCAGGAGUUACAGCUUCCUGAAAACUUUUGUUCCUAUGCAUAAAGAUGUCUUUGGUGGACUUGGGGAAGAGGUUGCUAGAAGCAGCAAGAAAAGGCCAAGAUGAUGAAGUGAGAACAUUGAUGGCAAAUGGUGCCCCAUUCACCACAGACUGGCUUGGAACAUCACCCCUCCACCUUGCAGCGCAGUAUGGCCAUUAUUCCACAGCAGAAGUGCUCCUUCGAGCAGGCGUUAGCAGGGAUGCCCGGACCAAAGUGGACAGGACCCCCUUGCACAUGGCUGCAGCUGAUGGACAUGCACACAUCGUGGAACUCCUCGUUAGGAAUGGUGCAGAUGUGAAUGCCAAGGACAUGCUGAAGAUGACAGCUCUGCAUUGGGCCACAGAGCACCACCAUCGAGAUGUUGUAGAGCUACUUAUCAAAUGUGGAGCUGAUGUCCAUGCUUUCAGCAAGUUUGAUAAAUCUGCCUUUGACAUAGCCCUGGAGAAAAACAAUGCUGAGAUUCUGGUCAUCCUUCAGGUCUGGCUCUUUAUAUACCCCCAGAGCAUACUUCAGUUGAAGUUAAGGAUUUUUUCUAGGUGCUGAGUCAAAGCUAAAUUAUCUUAUCAAAAUAGUACUUCUCAUAAGUCUAAAUCUUAUGACUCAGUGUCAUUAGUGUCUUUUUUUUUUAAUACCAUUCUAUAAAACCCUGAGUUAUUCAUGAUGAUUGAAGCAGUAUUGUGGCCACUACAAAAGCAAGAUUUAUUUGGCUUUAGAAUGAUUUUUUUCUUCAUGAGUAUAUCCCUUUCUAAUUAAACUUGUCUCAAAACUAUAUUUAAAGCCUCUUUAUGUUUUCUGAAUGUAUAUGAGCUGAUGUGAGACAGUAUGUAUAACUGUAGAGCAUGAGUCAUAAGGAAGCCAUCUCAGAAUUAAAAACUAGCUGUGAUGAUUUCAUCCAUUAAUUUUUUAAGCCAGCACUUGUAUGUCAGGGAAUAACAGGAUGAGGGAUACAAAAAUUAAUAGGACAUGGCCCUGCUUUUGGAGAGUUUACAGUGCCAUGGAGGUAAAGACUAGAAACAAAGCAUUUCAAUACUACAGUGAUAAGCAGAUAUCUAGCAAGUGUUACAGGAGCACAGAAAGAGUAUUAAUGAUACUUAAGGCAAGUAUUAGGAGGUAUAUUUGGAAUCUGAACUGAAUUUUGGAAGAAAAGUGGACAAAGUGAGAAAAUGAUAUUCUAGAAAAAGAGAAGACUGAAGUGUGAAAGGACAUGGAAUGUUCAGGAAAGAAAUAGUUCUGUGCCUAAAGAUUCAGCAAGAGAAAUGGAGUUUCAGGAGCUGAGACUUGAGAGGCUGGGUUCUGAAUGUAGGGAUGUUACAUGACCUGCAAAGGAGUUUGAACUAUUUGGGGGGCAAUGGGAAUCUAAUAGGUGCUUUUAAACAGAGGAUUGGUAUGAUUUUUUUUAAAAAAAGAUGAUAAUUUGGAGCAUGGUAUACAGACUGGGGAGAGAAGACAGUGCUAAAAAACCAUAUAGUGACUUUCAUUAGGCUAGGCAAGAGCCAAUGAGGGCUUUAAUUAAGGAAGAAUAUGAAGAAGAAACAAGAUGGGGCCAAUUCAGGAAGGAAUUAAACAGUAACCAGAAAAUGGAUAAUCUGUUUCAACUGAAGCUCUUAGUCAAAUCCAAUUAUAUAUAAAAAAUAGCCAUUUCUGCUGCAUUUUCAGUGGUUGGUUGGUUGGUUUUUCCUGACAGAUGGUUCCCUAUAAACUGCUUAUCCUCUUCAACUUCUCAGGGCCCUUUCAUAAUUGGACCUUUUUAGUGAUCAUGUUUGUAGAAAACUGCUUGUGGAAGUUAAAAAAUAAAACAGAGAUAAGCAUCUUUAUACAGAAAUUGUACAAAUAUCUUUGGAAGCAGAGGUGCAGCAUAUGAAACGAGUUUAAAAUGUGGUUCUCAUGUAUUUGCUUGUUAUAUAUUCUCUUAGGAACUUCUUCAAUAGCAUAAUGGAACAAGUAAAACUCUGGAUAAAACUCUGGAGAUUAUUAUUCUCUGUAGAUUCUCUGUAGGGAUCUCCUGCUACAUAUUGGUGUGUAGAUAACUGAUCAUGGA